UCAGCGUGGCCGGCCAUGGCGUCCCGCCUCGCCGGCCUUCUCCUCCUCCUCCUCCUCUGCUUGGGGCGCGCCUCGGCGGCCCCGGAGCUGCUCCACGAAGAGGUGAAGCGGACGAUCGACCUCGGCACGCACCUGGCCAAAGUGACGGCCGAGCUGAGCUUGGCCAACCCCGCGGGGAGCUCCGGGGCUGCCGCCUCCUUCCUGCUGGCUUUGGACCCCGGCCUGGAGAGCCGCCUGGCGUACCUGGGGGUGCAGGUGAAAGGUGAAGAAGAGGAGGAGAAUACUUUGGAGGUGAAGGAGACAAAGGUUAAAAGUAAAAGUGGAAGAUUCUUCACUGUAAAACUGCCAUCUCCUCUGGCUCCAGGAGCAAAAAUUCGCUUAUCUGUUGAAACAGUUUUCACUCAUGUCCUGCAGCCGUAUCCUACGCACAUCACCCAGGCAGAGAAACAGUUUGUAAUUUUUGAGGGCAAUCACUAUUUUUAUUCUCCAUACCCAACCAAGACCCAAACUACUCGUGUGAAACUGGCUUCAAGGAAUGUGGAAAGCUACACCAAGCUAGGCAAUCCCAGCCGGUCAGAAGACAUGAUUGAAUAUGGACCCUUCAAAGAUACACCACCAUAUAGUGAGGACACCCUUAAGGUACACUAUGAAAACAACAGCCCUUUCCUAACUAUCACAAGUAUGACACGUGUCAUUGAAGUUUCACACUGGGGUAAUAUUGCCGUCGAAGAGACUAUUGACUUAAAGCAUACAGGAGCUGUGCUCAAAGGGCCUUUCUCUCGAUACGACUACCAAAGGCAGCCAGACAGUGGAAUAUCUUCUGUGAAAUCUUUUAAGACUAUUCUUCCUGCCGCUGCUCAGGAUGUCUAUUACAGAGAUGAAAUUGGCAAUAUAUCGACCAGCCACCUUCUUAUCCUGGAUGACUCUGUGGAGAUGGAGAUUCGGCCUCGUUUCCCCCUGUUUGGGGGCUGGAAGACCCACUACAUCAUUGGUUAUAACCUGCCUAGCUAUGAAUACCUCUUUAAUCUUGGUGAUCAGUAUGCUCUGAAGAUGAGAUUUGUUGACCAUGUGUUUGAUGAGCAAGUUACAGACUCACUGACCGUGAAGAUAAUUCUUCCAGAAGGUGCCAAGAAUAUCCAUGUGGAUAGUCCAUAUGAAAUCAGCCGGGCUCCAGAUGAGCUUCAUUAUACCUACUUGGACACAUUUGGCCGCCCGGUUAUUGUAGCACACAAAAGCAACUUAGUAGAGCAGCACAUCCAGGAUAUUGUGGUGCACUACAACUUUAACAAGGUCCUGAUGUUGCAAGAGCCUCUACUGGUAGUUGGAGCCUUUUACAUCCUGUUUUUUACCGUGAUCCUCUAUGUGAGGCUUGACUUCUCCAUCACUAAGGAUCCAGCGGCAGAAGCUAGGAUGAAGGUUGCCUGCAUUACAGAGCAAGUUCUUACCCUGGUGAACAAGAGGCUCGGUCUGUACCGCCAUUUUGAUGAAUCUGUGAAUAAGUACAAGCAGUCACGGGAUAUAUCCACCCUGAACAGUGGCAAAAAAUCUCUGGAGACCGAACACAAGGCCUUAACCAGUGAAAUAUCUUCGUUGCAAUCAAAACUGAAGGCCGAAGGCUCUGACUUGUGUGACAAAGUCAGUGAAAUUCAGAAACUCGAUGGCCAAGUUAAGGAGCUGGUUCUGAAAUCCUCUGUGGAGGCCGAGCGGCUGGUAGUUGGCAAGCUGAAGAAGGAUACAUACAUAGAGAACGAGAAGCUGCAUUCCAACAAGCGGCAGGAGCUGAUCACCAAAAUCGACAACAUCCUGGAUGCGCUAUAACGUGGAAAUUAAAAAGUUUUU